CAAAAAAGAAAAAAAGAAAGAAAAAAAAGAAUUACUAAUAUCCUAACACCUGUUGGAAUCUAUUCAUGGGAACUAUAGAAUAAGUUUAUGUCAAUAGUGAGACAGAGAUGGGAAUUUGAAAGUCCAUACCAUCAUGAAAAGCAUAUCAGGGAAAUUCCAUGCUCUGAUUUCCCUCCUUUAGGACUGUCAAUGGCAGGAUACCAGCUCUGGUCACCAUGGACCCCACUGGAUGAGAGUUUCCAAUGGCUGCGGCACACGACACCUAUACCUUCCUCCAAGCACCCCUUCAGGGCCUCUCCCUGCUUCCCACACACACCAUCUGACCUUGAAGUGCAGCUGUGCUUUCAAGAGGUCACUCUAGUCCUAGACAGCCCAUUCCUGGAAUCUGGAGUGAGUCCCAAGUUACCCUGUCACACAUCAGAAUUGCGAACAAUGAACAACAAAGGACUGGUCAGGAAGCCCCAGCCCAUCCGCCUCAGUGGAGUAGAUUCUGUCUUUGGCAGGGUUAUCACAGCUCAGCCACCAAAAUGGACCGGGACUUUCAGAGUUUCAGACAAGUCAGCCUUUUGCAAAAUCAUUAGCAGGGAGCACCAGUGGCCCAUUGGACUGAAGGAGCCUCAGAUUCAGAUGACAGUGACUAUGUGCAAACAGAUGCUGCGCUCUAUCCUCUUGCUGUAUGCAACUUACAAAAAGUGCACCUUUGCCUUGCAGCACUCCAAGUAAAGGGUCCUCAUUUGAUCCCCAUUUCUUCACACCAUGCCCUUUGGUAUGUAACUGAAGCUUACAGAAACCUGUCCAUGUAAAUGAAACUGUGUCAUUGCCCCAGC